UGCCCCUGCAUAAACUGGCAUUCGUCUUCCCUUUUGGUCUCUUCUUCCUCCUCCCUCCUAAGUCCAGCUUACGAUGCAUCAUCUGCUCCUCCCGGCCGUUGUGCUCCUCUUCGCCGCAGCCAAAGCCUACGCCGCUUCCUGCAGCGACGCCACCUGCGGCGGGCAGACCAUCAGCUACCCGUUCUGGCUCGCCAACUCAGGCCCCAACUGCGGCUACCCGGGCCUCGGCAUAUCCUGCCAGGACAACACCCCGAUCCUCGACCACCAGUUCCACCAGUACAGGGUCCUGCGCAUCGACUACACCAAUCGCACCGUCGCCCUCGCCGACGCCGACGCGUGGAACACGACCUGCCCGCGGCUCACCUUCAGCCUCUCCCCCGACCCCAACUCCUGGCUGCAGCUCACGCGCUCCAACUUCAACCUCACCGUGCUCUACCACUGCAAGGCCAAGCUACCCCGGCCCUCCGCCGUGAAGCUCGACGGCUGCCCGGACCAGAGCGACACCUGGUACGUCCUCCCCGAUGACGGGGUCACCGGCAAAGCGUACGGGCACGGGUGCGAGAAGGCGGUGACGACGCCGGUGCUGCUGAGCAGCGCGCAUCGUCUGGCAGCCAACCCGUCGCUCGGCGAGGUGCUGAGCGCCGGGUUCGAGAUGCGGUACGACGCCAAGAACGAGCAGUGCGGCGCGUGCGAGCAGUCCGGCGGGCGGUGCAGAUACGGCCGCAUCGAGGAGCACGGCGGGACGGGGUUCGCCUGCGUCUGCGACGAUGGCGCUAACGAGCGCCAGUGCGGGGAUGCACAGUCUUUACGCUUGAAGAGACAAAAAAUAUAUAAAAUAGCAAGCACCUCAAGCGAAGUUUUGAUAUGCCUAGUAUUAUUGGCAUGUUUGUUGGGCUAUAAGAAAUACCACUCUGCACUUUCGGCCAGUCACCUUCCGUGCUCCUUUCAGGAGCCUGCCGAGGUUUCCUUGAGCCUCUUGGCGGGUGAUGCUGGAUUUGGCUCGUCCAUAUAGGAUGCAAGGUCGCCACAAUUCGGAGGAGGAUCUUUUUCCCCGAAAAUUUGAAUUUUAGGCUUCGACACUUUUUUCGUUGUUGUGUUGGUUGGUGGAGCAUAUGUCCUUGGUGUCGGUUUCUU